AUGGCCAAGGCCAACUUGGCCCGACUGGCCACUUUAGUGGCGAUAAAAAGAGGAGAGCCAGGAGGCCGCUCCGGCUCGAGAAUACCCCUGAGCCGUGGACUUCCCCUGACCAUUCUCAAAACCAUCGGGUUCUGGCUUGGGAUGAGAACGAUGCUCACCGAGAAGGAAACACCAAGGUCGAGGCCGCCAAGUCGUUGCCAUCGUCUUGAUCGCCAUCAUUCAUGGGCUCAGGGCUUGCCGUCGUGUAGCACCACCCUUUUCCCAACAAAGAGUCCGAUGGACCUGUGGAUCCGAUGGUCGAUGAUUGUCGAGCGGGCGUCGAUGGAUGGGUCAGGCUGA